GAGACUCACGGAGCAGGAAGCGGGCGACACGUGGUCCAGGUUCCUCCUCGGCUGCUCGCAACAACGUUUCCUGGACAAAGUUUAACGUGAAGGGCUUCCAGGUCGGAGUCGGUGCAAAAAACCAGCAGACGACAAGGAUUUAAAGUGAAAGAGGGAUGGAGAUGUCGGGUCCUGCAGGAUCUGGGAUCAUUUUGGAUCAUUUUGGAUCCUUCUGUGUCCCUCUGGGAACUUUAGAGUCAGAAUCUAUGUGAAUCUGGUGAAACCCGCUUUUUGCGCCUCUUCUUGUUCGUUGCGUCCAUUUGAGGCUCAUUUCUCCAACCUCAUGUUUGAUCUUUGUUUGUUUCAGAUCUUUUUGCAGUUUAAUAUAUGGUUAUUUUCCAUCUUCUCUGUUGUAACUUUGCCUUUGUGUAGCUUUCUGCGGCUGUUUCUUGCAGUACAAAGUCCCCGUGUACGUGUCCUUCCAUUCUGCUUGUUUUGUUGCAGUUUUCUCUGCAUCCCAAUUUUUCACCAUGCACCUCUUUGCAAUGAUUUGGAGCUUGUUUGGCUUCCUACUGGGUUGGUUCUUCUGGGUUCUUUGGACAUUUUGCUGCUUCUUUGUGGACUUUCUUGGUCUUUCUUUGCUGUUUUUUCUUUUAGUGGUUUUAUUUUACUUUGUCACCGUUUGAAUGUUGUUUUCUUGGUCCUCUUGUGUCUCACAGUCGUAAAUCCUCAUUUGUUUCUUGAGGCUUUGAAUCUCCUACCGGCUAAGUUGUCCAUCUGCCAGAGCUAGAAGCGUCUGGAAGACGUUUGGGUCAGCCGCUGACUGGUCUUUGAGCUUCAGACUCAGGAUAUCCACCCGAUGUGUUUUGGUUGGAGGCCUGGAAAGCAGCAGGUAGCCGUGGCUUUAAUUACAGUUGUUGUUGUUGGUGUCACAGCGGCGAUGACAGCUUCCUGUCGUCGUGCUGAUUCUCCUGUGGAGUGAAGGCACACUUCCUGUGAGGGAUUUAUAAUUCAUGUUCCCUGCAGGUGAGCAGGGAUCGGGUGGUUCUGUAACAUGAAGAGCUCUUUAUUCAGUCUGGAUUAGCCAAGCAGUCCGUAAUUAUCGGCUGAUGGGGGGGCUUUGACCUCCAGGAGGAGUUAGACCGACCUCCUGUUUCCAUCCUGAAGCAGGCGGAAGAACCUGAACAUUCAGGGGGAAAUCUGCAGACAAAUGAAGUCCAGUCAGGUUGCACACCCUGCAAGACUAUAUUUGUCCCAAAACUGCACCGUGUGCCUUAGGAUAGGAAGAAAGAAACGUGAAAGAAGAGUCAAAAAAGAGGAGAAAGGAGCCGCCUGGUCGUCCGCUCUGCUGAGAUGAAAGCCAUCGCCAAGUCGGGCCUGCAGCACGCCGCGACUCAGCCCCACGUGUCCGGACAGACGGACUCUCUGCAGCCCAGCAGCACAAUCGACUGGAGCGAGAACGCCCAGUACGGAGAACACAUCUGGUUCGAGGCCAGUGCUUCUGGAGACUUCUGUUAUGUUGGAGAGCAGUUCUGCGUGGCCAAGUCUCUGCAAAAGUCUGUACCAAGGAAGAAAUGUGCUGGAUGCAAGAUAUCGGUGCACGUCAUGUGCAUGGAGCAGCUGGAGAAGAUUAACUUCAGGUGCAAACCGUCGUUCAGGGAACCGGCGUCUCGAGCCGUCCGUGAGGCCAACGUCGUUCGGCAUCACUGGGUCCACAGGAGACGGCAGACUGGGAAGUGUCGGCAGUGUGGGAAGGGCUUCCAGCAGAAGUUUACAUUUCACAGCAAAGAGAUCGUAGCCAUCAGCUGCUCGUGGUGCAAACAGGCGUAUCACAACAAGGUGUCGUGCUUCAUGCUGCAGCAGAUCGAGGAGUGCUGCUCCCUGGGAGCGCACGCCGCCGUCAUCAUCCCUCCCACGUGGAUCAUCAGAGUCCGCAAGCCGCAGACGUCUCUGAAAUCCAGUAAAAAGAAGAAACGGACGUCGCUGAAGUGCAACAAGGCGGCCAAGAAGGGAGCAGAGGUCCAAGAUGGCCGCUGGAAGCCCUUCCUGGUCAAGCCCCUCCCCUCCCAGCUCAUGAAGCCCCUGCUGGUGUUUGUUAAUCCAAAGAGUGGCGGGAAUCAGGGAGCGAAGAUCAUCCAGUCGUUCAUGUGGUACCUGAACCCUCGGCAGGUUUUCGACCUGACCAAAGGAGGACCCAGAGAGGGCCUGGAACUGUACGCCAAAGUUCCCAACCUGAGGAUCCUGGCCUGCGGCGGCGACGGCACGGUGGGAUGGAUCCUGUCGGUGCUGGACCAGCUGAAGCUCCGCCCCCAGCCUCCGGUCGCCAUCCUUCCUCUGGGGACGGGCAACGACCUGGCCAGGACUCUCAACUGGGGAGGGGGCUACACCGACGAACCCAUCACAAAGAUCCUGUCACAUGUGGAGGACGGGAACAUCGUCCAACUGGAUCGAUGGAACCUGAACGUGGAGGCGAACCCCGAGGCUCGACCCGAGGAGAGAGACGAACAGCAGACGGACAAGCUUCCCAUUGACGUCUUCAACAACUACUUCAGUCUGGGCUUCGACGCUCAUGUCACGCUGGGCUUCCACGAAUCCAGAGAGGCCAACCCGGAGAAGUUCAACAGCCGCUUCAGGAAUAAGAUGUUCUAUGCUGGGACGGCCUUCUCGGACUUCCUGAGCGGCAGCUCUAAAGACCUCGCCAAACACAUCAGAGUGGUGUGUGACGGUACCGACCUGACAACCAAAAUCCAGGAGAUGAAGCUGCAGUGCCUCCUCUUCCUCAACAUUCCCAGGUACUGUGCAGGCACCACACCGUGGGGGAACCCCAGCGAGAGUCAAGACUUUGAACCUCAGCGGCACGACGACGGCUGCAUCGAGGUCAUCGGCUUCACCAUGACUUCUCUGGCAACGCUGCAGGUGGGCGGUCACGGCGAGCGUCUUCACCAGUGUAAAGAGGUGACCCUCACCACCUUCAAGUCCAUCCCCAUGCAAGUGGAUGGCGAGCCCUGCAAGCUGGCGCCAUCCAUCAUCCGCAUCAACCUGCGGAGCCAGGCCAACAUGGUCCAGAAGGCCAAGAGGAGGAUCUCCAUGCCGCAUUUGAAUGACCAGCAGCCGAUCCCUGAGAAGCUGCAGAUCACGGUGAACCGGAUCAGCAUGGCGGCGUACGAGGCUCUGCAUUACGACAAGGACCAGCUGAAGGAGGCCUCGGCGCCCCUGGGAGUCAUCACCGUCCCCGGAGACAGCGACCUAGAGAUGUGCCGGCUCCACAUCGAGCGUCUCCAGGACAACCUGGACCAGGACCAGGAGCAGGACACAGAACAGGACGGAGAGAGGAUGAAAGGAGAGAUCCUGUCCUCCCAAAAGCUCUCCAUGAACUGGUGUUUCCUGGACUGCACGACUGCGGAUCGGUUCUACAGGAUCGAUCGGGCUCAGGAGCACCUGAACUACGUGACGGACAUCUGCCAGGAGGAGCUGUACAUCCUGGACCCGGAGCUGGUGGGGAAGGAGACGGUGGGCACCUCCCCCAGCAUGCCGGACCAGUUCUCCUUCCCCUGCUCCCCCUCUUCGCCCACCUCUCCCACGGUGAGGGACGGGCAGAGAAAGAGGAUCUCCAGCGACAGCUCGGUGUCGGAGGCUCUGACCCAGACCUCGCCUAAAACCACUCUGCAAAGGAGGGGGGCAAAGAUUAUCAGUGUCGAUCGCUCCGCUUCGACGGCGGCUGAUCUCAGACCAGCUGCUAGAUCUUCCACUGCUACCUCACAGGACCCUGAAAAAGAUGCAGAGCUGAUCAGCUGCGUCAAGAAGGAGAACCUGAGCAGGCUGACCGAGCUCCACCAGCAGGGGGCGGGCCUGGUGCUGCAGGACGCAGACGGCUGCACACUGCUGCAUCACGCCGUCCAGACCGGCAGCAAAGACAUCGUCAAGUACCUCAUUGAGAACGUGCCCACCACCCACCUGGACCUCACAGAGACGGAGACAGGAGAGACGGCGCUCCAUAAAGCCGCCACCCUCUGUCAGAGGAGCAUCUGUCACUUCCUGGUGGAGGCGGGGGCGUCGCUCAUGAAGACGGACCUGCAGGGUGACACGCCCAAACAUCGUGCCGCAAAGGCCAACGACCAGGAACUGGCCAACUACCUGGAGAACUGCCAACAUUACCAGAUGAUCCAGAGAGAGGACCAGGAGACGGCGGUGUGACACGGACCCUAAACGCCUUUCUCUUCCCAGUUCUGUUGGGCUUGUUUGUUCUCGUUAGUCUCCACAGAGCCCAGUCUGUCGGAAUGUAAACAGAUCAGAUCCUCUCUGCUGUCAGCGGCGGGGGACGGACGGAUUGCUCUUUGUGUUUCUUUUUCUUUUUUUUGUGCUUUAACUGAUGAGAGACGAGGCGUCUUGAUGAACCCAGUUUCCUGAAGAACCCCCUCUGUUCUGCGGCCAAACUGAGCAACACAAAAAGGCUUGUGGACACUAAAUCAAACUCAAACUAGUUUUUAUUUUUUGGGCCACAAGGACGAACACAGAGAGCGACGCAGCUGCUGAUGAAGCAACAGUGACGGCGUUCAUGUUCCUGCAGCUUUCAUAUCCAAUAAAGCAAAAUGUGUCUUCUGUUAAGCUUCUAGUGACCUUUUGGGUGUUCGCUGCAGACAAAUAAAUGUUUGAAUAUUUAAUGUAGACAGCGAUGAAUUUAAAUAUUUAUGAUCAGAUUGUAGAGAUAAACUCACUUUGGCUGUAAUCUGAGUUUUUUGAUGUUUUACUUGUCUGUUACAGAGGUUUAAUGCCAGCGGCAGCCGGGCGCUUUCAUUUUGGAGGUCUGUGGACUGUAAAUACUCGCGAAGCCCGUUAGUUUGUCAAAGAGAAGCUGAAGCCAGAUUCUGCCAAAGCCUGUAUGAUUAUAACGAGCUUCUACAUCAGUCAGGAGAUUCUUAUCACUGUAUGAUAUUCAUGUAAGGAUUGUUUGGUUUCAUCAUUUCUGAGUGACCUGCAAUAAAGCAUGUCGGCAACAAAAUGAUUAA